UGCCUCAGACAGAACGCACUUACAAACAUGUUGAUACUACAACAAGAAGUCCUUCCAUUGCUACCAUGGAACAAUUCCUCCGAGGAGGGGAAUCCUCUAGGAUGUCACCAACCUAUUCUCCCACAUUUGCUUCUUCCCCUUCCUCUCCUUACUUUGGGAUGAAGCCCCAUGACCUUGAAGAAGAUCAAGGCCUCUAUCAAAGAAAAUCAGUUCUUGCCAAAGUGAAAGAAAGGGCCAAGAAAUUAGUAUUGCGCAACAGUCUAAGCCAAAAAAGACAGGACGACAAAAAUCUCACUCCUUCUUGGGGAGUUAGCCUAGAAGACGAAGAGGAAGAAGAAGACCCUGAAUACCUUGGAGCUCCAAUCUAUGAAUCAGAGCUAGCACCAGAAGAGUACAAGGAAAAUGCGAGACAACAUCCAAGAGCAAAUCCAGUAAUCUCCGAGAAGCGUGUUCUAAGGACAAUGAAAUCAGGAGAAGAGCUAGAUCAAGAAAAUGCACUUACUCCUAUCAAAUCCACAACUUCUACAAUAAAAUCUCCUCAACUUGCAACAACGCCAACUAAUAGCCCAAAAGAAAGUGUAACAAUGACUCAGAAACUGACAUCAUCCAAUGUUGAAGGGUCAAACUCAACUGCACCAUCUCAAUCUGCUUCCUCCUCUAAAUAUCAUGUUGGUUCAAUAACCCCGGUUGCUCCUUUUACUUCAGUAAUGAUGAAAAAUGCGUCUCCUUCUCUUGCGAGUGUGAAGACUAAUAAUACUACAAGCCCCAAAAGUUCAUAUAAUUCUCAAGCAUUGUCGAGUCCUAGAAGAGGUGCUAAUGGUAGUGGUGUGAUUGAGAGGGUGAAAGGAGCUGUUAGUUCUUUGCUAAAGAAUGAUGAGCAAGCACAUCUAAAAUAUGGUGUUAAAAGUCCUAUGACGCGUGCUAAUUCCUCACAGACAAACUACAAUACACAACAAGUUGAACAAGGAGCUGAGAAUCGAGGAAGAAUUCUUCAAACAAAUUAAAAAGUUAUAGAAAUAUAUAUGUACUUUCUAAAUUUUCGUAUAUCACCAUUUGCAUCAAUAUAUGUAUGUACGUAUUUUUUUUUUGCAUUUUUCUGUAUAUAUAUGUGUGAUCAUUAAAUAGACUAAAGAUCAAUUUCAAAAUUGUGUAAAAAUUACUAGUUUGUAAGAAUAAAUAAGUUAUAUAAUUUGUACAACAUGAUUAGCCAGAAAUGUGAUCAAGUAAUGUGCUCAU